AUGAGCCAACAAAUUCAAUCUAGCGGUUGCUGUGGCACUGGUGGCAGAUCCGGCGGUCACUGCCACAGAAGAAGAGGCAGUGGAGGCUCCGGGUGCUGCUGUGCAUGCUGCUGCUCCUCUAGAGGUGGAUCGGGACAUGUGAUGGUGGUAUCUGGAAGCCAAGGGUCAUCCUGCUGCGGUGGAAUCCAACAGAUCCGGAGCUCCGGCUGCUGUGGCGGAGGUUCUACUGGAGUCGUCGUCGUACCAGGCGGCCAAUCUUCUGGAUGUUGCGUUGGAGGAGGACAUGGGGGUGGGAUUUGCCAGCAAAAGAUUCCCCUGAUUGGUGGUGGUGGUGGUGGAGGAGGAAUUUGCUGUGGAGGUGGUAGCGGCGGUGGAUGUUGUGGAGGAUCAGGAGGUGUGAAGGUCAUUGGUGGUGGUGGUGGAGGUGGCAGUGGGUCCGGCUGGUGUGGAACUGGUGGUGGAUCAGGGGGCCAGACCACUGUUGUAACCGGAGGUAGUAGUGGAUGCUGUGGGGGAUCAGGAGGUGUGAAAGUCAUUGGUGGUGGUGGUGGAAGUGGCAGUGGAUGUUGUGGAGGAUCAGGAGGUGUGAAGGUCAUUGGUGGUGGUGGUGGAGGUGGCAGUGGGUCCGGCUGGUGUGGAACUGGUGGUGGAUCAGGCGGCCAGACCACUGUUGUAACCGGAGGUAGUAGUGGAUGCUGUGGGGGAUCAGGAGGAGUGACGGUCAUUGGUGGCGGAAGUGGAAGCGUGUGUGAUGAUGGUGGAUCAGGGGGCGUGAAGGUUAUAGGUGGAGGAUCCUCUGGAGGUGGGACUGGAGGAAGCUUUGGGGAUGUUAAAGUCAUCGGAGGAGGGUCUGGUGGAAUAUGUGGAACAGGAGGAGGCUCAGGUGGAAAAGCUGUUGUAGUUACUGGAGGAAGCAGCGGGGCGUCUGCUUGUUGCAGCCCUGGGGGAGGCUCAGGCACGGUUGCAGUUGUAGGGACUGGGGGUAGUGGAGGUUCUGGUGGGAAAACCAUUGUUGUAUCAGGAGGAAGUGGUGGAUCUGAUUGUUGCAGUGGAGGAGGAUCUGGAGGGGCUUCCGUUGUCAUUGCUGGUGGCGGUGGUUCCUCCCAGACAAAAUGUCCCAUUGUUGUUCCACCCUGCAUCGGGCAAACAAAACAGGUGUGCCCACUGCCACCCCACAUAAAGUAA